AUGGAGGACUCAAGUGAACCCCUGAAACCACAUUGCUUAGUUCUAUCAUACCCAGUCCAAGGCCACCUCAACCCCAUGCUCCAAUUCUCCAAGCGUCUACUGCACAAAGGAGUCACAGUCACUCUUGUCACUGUUAAAUCCAUGUCCAAGACCCUGCAUGGAUCGUUGUCCUCUGGCACCUCAAUCACGCUCGAGGCGAUCUCCGACGGCUUUGAUGAUGGUGGCAUUGGGGCCGCGGGUAGCCCUGAAGCUUACAUCGAGCGCUUUUGGAAGGUCGGACCUGAGACCCUGAGCAAUCUGGUCGAGAGGCUAAUCUCCAGUGGUCCACUGCCGACUUGCAUAGUCUACGACUCGUUCUUGCCUUGGGCUCUUGAUGUGGCCCACAAAUUCGGGCUUGUUGGGGCUGCUUUCUUCACCCAAUCUUGUGCUGUGAACAGUGUGUUUUACCACUGCCAAAAGGGAUGGCUUGAAGUUCCUGUUAAGAAGCAGGUUUUGCUUCCAGGAAUGCCACCUCUUGAGCCUCAAGAUAUGCCGUCUUUUGUGCAUGAUGUGGUGUCAUAUCCAGCUGUCUCUGCGAUGCUUGUGAACCAGUUCUCUAACAUUGACAAAGUGGACUGGGUGCUUUGCAAUACAGUGUAUGAACUUGAUCAAGAAGUUGCGGACUGGUUCAUGAAGAUCUUGCCAUUCAGGGCCAUAGGACCAACAGUACCAUCCACCUAUUUAGACAACAGGCUUGAACAAGACAAAGAAUAUGGCUUCAGCAUCUUCCAACCAGAACAUGACACCACCAUGAAAUGGCUCAGCACAAAGCCAAAAGGGUCGGUUGUAUAUGUCUCCUUUGGGAGCAUGGCCGAGCUAAAAAUUGACCAAAUGCACGAGCUAGCAAUCGGGCUAAAGAGAAGCAACUGCUAUUUUCUCUGGGUAGUCAGAUCAUCAGAAGCGGAGAAACUCCCACAAGGCUUUGCAAACGGUCCUGAGGCAUCCCAAAAGGGUCUCAUUGUGACAUGGUGCCCUCAGCUCGAAGUCCUUGCCCACGAGGCGCUAGGGCUUUUCGUGACGCAUUGCGGUUGGAACUCAACUCUGGAAGCGCUCAGUUUGGGGGCGCCGAUGCUGGCGAUCCCGCAGUGGACCGACCAGGCCACGAACGCCAAGUACAUAAUGGAUGUCUGGAAGAUGGGGCUGAGGCCACAAGUUGACGAGGAGAGAGGUGUUGUGACGAGUGAAGAGAUAGAGCAUUGCAUUAUGAAGGUAAUGGCAGGGGAAACAUGGAAGAAAAUGAGGGAAAACGCAGGACAGUGGAGGAAAAUAACCAAAGACGCAGUUGGUGAGGGUGGGAGUUCCGAUAGAAACAUUGAGGAGUUUGUUGCUAAAUUACAGCAGUGA